UGUUCAUGUUGAUCUAUGUUAUAUUUGCGACUUUAAUGAUUGCAGAAAGCAAUUCCCUUUACUACUUAAAUCUCGUCUGACAAAAUUAAAUAAUAAAACUUUUUAAUUCGGUUUCAAUAUUAUUGUAGGCAGAUUUUCGUUCAGCACAUGCGCACAAGCACAACAGCAGAUAAUUAGUUAACAUAGGAGACAAUUGUGAUUAUUGUCUAUGAUUGGAGCAUUCUUUUAGAUUCUUCAUAGACCCAGAAAUAUUUACCAAUUAGGAGCAAGAUUCAGUAGUAAAUCUAGUAAUGUUGUCCAACUGUUGAGUCUGCUGAACGUCUGCUGAGAACUGUUGUUCUGCUGAAUUUCAGUAGAAUAAAGGUCUGCGGCCUUUGUUCUACUGAAUGCGGCCAUUAUUAAACGGAGAAAAUAAUUGCGAAUAUAAAAUAAAUGUAUCAGCAGAAGAUGCAAAUAAAACUAAAAAUGAUCACGAGUUUGCAUAUUUGUUAUUAAAAUACGCAAAAGAAAGUACGAGCGUAAAAUAUUUGAACAAAGUGCUAUCACAGUCAGAUAGUACAGAUGAUGGAAGUAAAACUAAUGAUGAAGACAAUAUGACUCCAGACAAUCUAUCAAAAGAUUUACAUAUAUGGACAAGGUCUGAAACAUUAUUACUCAUAAAUAUGUACAAAAAUUAUAUCGAAAAAUGCACCAAGAAAGUACCCUCAAAACAAUGUUGGAAUAUUAUUUCUAAACAACUGGGAGAUGCAGGAUAUAAAAUAUCUCCUGUAAAGUGUGCUACUAAAUUUCAGUCCUUAAAAAGAACGUAUAAAACUGUAACAGAUCACAACAAAAAAUCUGGAAACAGUAGAAAAAAUUAGGAACAUUAUAAGAUUAUGCACGAGAUAUUCAGCACAAAGCCAUGGAUCCAACCCAUAUCAGAAGCUGGUUAUGGUGUUACUAUAACACAUAAUAUAGAAAACGAAGAC